ACUUCAAACUCUAAAAACUCAUCAACGAUGAUUACCUUCAAAUCUAUAGCUCUAACGAUAAUCUUCCUAUCAUAUUUUGUUUCUUGUGUCUCAAGUCAACGAGAGACCAAGUUUCUUAACCAUGGCUUCCUCGGGGCUAAUCUCCUCAACUUCGGCUCCUCCAAGGUCUACCCAAGUGGCCUCUUGGAGUUGACAAACACUUCGAUGAGGCAGAUAGGUCAAGCUUUUCAUGGCUUUCCCAUCCCCUUGUCAAACCCUAACUCAACAAAUUCGGUUUCUUUUUCCACAAGCUUCAUCUUCGCCAUCACUCAAGGAACCGGCGCACCAGGCCAUGGCCUAGCUUUCGUCAUUUCACCCUCGAUGGACUUCAGUGGUGCUUUUCCCAGCAAUUAUCUGGGCCUCUUCAACACCUCCAACAAUGGAAACUCCUUGAAUCGAAUUCUUGCAAUUGAAUUUGACACCGUGCAAGCGGUUGAGUUGAAUGAUAUUGACGAUAACCACGUAGGCAUCGACCUAAAUGGAGUGAUCUCCAUUGCGUCUGCACCGGCUGCAUAUUUUGAUGACCGAGAGGCCAAGAACAUAAGCUUGAGGCUGGCGAGUGGGAAACCAGUAAGAGUCUGGAUCGAAUACAACGCCACUGAGACAAUGCUUAAUGUCACAUUGGCUCCUCUAGAUCGUCCGAAGCCAAGUAUACCUCUUCUCUCGAGAAAAAUGAAUCUUUCAGGGAUUUUCUCCCAAGAACAUCACGUUGGAUUCUCUGCGUCCACGGGGACUGUAGCGAGCUCACAUUUUGUUCUAGGUUGGAGCUUCAACAUCGAAGGGAAAGAAUCAGACUUUGAUAUCACGAAGCUUCCUUCUCUCCCAGAUCCGCCACCAACAUUGUCUCCAUCCCCAAGUCCUCCGGUUUCAACCGAGAAGAAGUCGAACAACACGAUGCUGAUCAUAAUCGUCGCUGCAUCAGCAACGGUUGCACUCAUGAUCCUAAUCUUCUCAGGAUUUUGGUUCUUACGUAGAGACAAAAUAUUCUUCAUCGGAGGUGCAAGGAAAUUCUCCUACCAGACGAUAUCGAACGCAACGGGAGGUUUCGACAAUUCUAAACUCUUGGGAGAGAGAAACUCUGGAAGUUUCUACAAAGGACAGCUUGCUCCCACAGAGAUAAUUGCCGUAAAGAAGAUUACUUGCACCACAAGGCAACAAAAGACAACCCUAAUAGCCGAGAUCGAUGCGAUCUCCAAGAUUAAACAACGAAACCUAGUCAAUCUACAUGGUUACUGCAGCAAAGGAAAAGAUAUCUAUCUUGUUUACGAGUAUGUCCCCAAUGGAAGCCUAGACCGGUUCUUGUUCAACAACGACCGACCAGUUCUCACCUGGUCAGAUCGGUUCUGUAUAAUAAAGGGGAUUGCAGCAGCACUUCAACACCUUCACGGUGAAGGUCAAAAACCUUUGAUUCAUGGAAACGUAAAAGCAAGCAACGUACUCUUAGACGAAGAGCUAAACGCUCGACUAGGCGACUAUGGACAAGGAAGCAGACACAGCACCACAGGGCACGUUGCACCAGAACUAGUCAACACGGGAAAGGUAACACGUGACACAGAUGUGUUUGCGUUUGGAGUGUUGAUGAUGGAGAUCGUUUGUGGAAGGAAGGCCAUAGAGCCGACUAAAGCACCAGAAGAGAUAAGUUUGGUGAACUGGGUGCUUCAAGGGUUCAAGAAAGGUGAUCUGUUAAUGAGCUGCGACACAAGAAUCAAUAGAGAGAAUUUGGUAGCUCGAGAAGUAUUAUUGGUUCUGAAAACAGGACUUCUCUGCGCCAACCGAUCUCCAGAAUCAAGGCCAAUGAUGAAAAAUGUGUUUCGGUAUCUCGAAGGAACUGAAGCUCUCCCUCAUGAUGACUACCUCUUCUAUGGAGUCUAAAAAGUGAUCUCACAAACGUGUCUGUAUUUUGAAUUGUGUGAUUUCAAGAUUGGACGAAGAUGCAUUAAGCAUGAUGAUGUGAAUAAAGCCUAUAAUUGUAUUUUACUCCAUUUGUAAAUUUGAAAAUAAGAAUUUCUGGUUUUGAGAAAUAU